UCAGAUAAAUCUUUAUGAUUAUAAUUACAAUUUUGAUGGCUUACAUUUCGAAAAGCAGAGCUCGCAUUUGACGGUUUGAAGGUAGCACGACACCAGGGAGGGCGGCUUAAGUUUAUUGUUGCAGAAACAUACACCGAGGCUGAAAAUGUACUCUUUGAUCGUAGUAGCAGUUAUAGACUUGAACAAACGUAUAGAGAUAUAUAGGACAUUCAUUAGCGAAGCGUUUGCUUCAAGAGUUUCACUUUCACACGUGGACUACAUAUCCCAGGGUGCCACUCACUGCGGUAUCCAGGAAGUCUGCUGUGGUUGCCAAGCAAACUUCUCCUCGUAAGCGAAUUGCUCUCUCUGUGAAAAGUGCAGAUGCUUUUGGUCAGGCAUCAGUGAGAAAUGAGUUGCUGCCAUGUGCCUGUGCCCCGGGAGGUCCGGCCCGGCACGGCACGGGUCCUGGUGACUGAGCCGAGUGGAUCGGGCCACAUCAACCCGACUCCUGCUCCGAAACCACGAGAGGACUAUGAAACUGCAACGGGGCUUUACCUCUCUAAGGAGAAGUUGGAAUCAGUGUGUGGAACUCGGGAUCUCUCUAAUGUGACCUCGCUGGAGAUCCGCGUAGACACACAAGAAAACACCCUGGGUAACUUUGGUGCCUACUUGCCCAGGCUAUUGAAGCUCAAAAUGAACAACAGCAACAUAAUGUCAGUGAGAGACCUGGGAACCACCCUCUCCCACCUGCAGGUGCUGUGGAUGUCUCGCUGCUCCCUACAAGACCUCACUGGCAUUUGUGCUUUCACUUCCCUCAAGGAGUUGUACGUGGCCUAUAACAACGUGUCGGACCUGAGUCAGCUGGGCAUGCUCGAGAACCUGCAGCUGUUGGAUCUGGAAGGGAAUAAUGUGGAUGACAUUGUCCAGAUUCAGUAUCUGGGGCUAUGUGGCAAACUUCAGACACUGUCCCUGGAAGGAAACCCUGUGUGUGCGCACCCAAACCCCACUGCCAUCCAGACGGCAGACUAUAGUUAUCGGGCCGCAGUGAGGGAGUUGGUCCCUCAGCUGCGUUACCUAGACGAUCUAAGGGUGGAGGAGGACGGCCUGAGCUCCCACAGCACCAUGGGAGAGGACUGGGCCAUUCUCCGAGACUGCAUCAGAGACGGCAGCUCCUCCCAGGCAGCUGCUGAAUACGAGGACACAGCAGACCGUGGAUAUCCUUACAGCCGCCCGGCCUCAGCCCGGCGCCCCGCAUACAACGUAUGCUCUGGACCCAAGACAGCCACCAGGCCUGGAGUUCUCUCUGGUUCCAGACCUGGUUCUGCAGAUUCAGAUCUGGCGACAGUGGAAGCAGAAGCCAGCGUCCUUACACAUGGGGCUGGCAAGAUUCUCUUCUGCGGAAACCCGGUCCAGGCGGUUCGGGCCAGGCGUGAAAAGCUGAGGACGGCACCUACCAGAUCUACUUUCACCCACCGUGACCUUCCCAUCCACGUACCUGAGCACACGUACGACCUUGAGGAGACCGAUGUCAGAGAACGCAUCGAUGUCUUUGCCGAGCUUAGAGCUUGGAGGGAGCAGCAUGGCAGGCGUCUCCAGGCCAUAAAGACAGAAAGAUUACCACAGGUCCUGGCUAUUUGUUACAGUGAUGAAGAAGAGGGGGGAGAUGACAACAAAGGAAAACAUGAAGCGGAGAUGCGCAGAGACAGACGAGACGCUGCCUCACCAGAUUCCCCUUCGCAGUUUCUUUCCCCAGGCCUGCAUCCCAGAGAAGCCUUCUCCUCAGAGGCGGCUGGACCCUCCCUGUCACCUGGCACCACGCUGUCCCCCUCUCCCCCUCCCAGUGCCGCACCGGCAACUGGAGACAGGAAGCCGACUGGGCUCCGUGCACGCCGGCUUCGACUCAGCCAGACCAACUCAGAACAUACUGAUUUCAGCAGAGCAGGGCGCUGCCCGGGGGCAGAGACGACGCCUGGAGACACACACCCGAAACUCCAGGGGAUCCAGCAGUUGACAAAGACAAACAAGCCUCUUUCGCUCCAGCCUGCAUACACACCCCGCCCACCUCCAACGAGGGCCCCCGGUCAAAGGCUCAUGGGUUCAUGUGCAGAGAUGGACUCAUCCAGUAAACAAGCUGGCAGAGGGCGUCUUAAAAUCACGCAAAUGUCCAAACUUCUGGACCGACCAGCGAUCUCUCGUCCUCACACAGCCAGGGCCGCUCUACAGAAACACCACCAGCACCUCACAAACCAGCCCUGCACAGGGAGCCCACACCUAGACUGACAACCUGGGGGUGCAGGGGCACAGACUGUCUGGCUAAGGAUCCGUACAAUUAGUGUGACAUUCCUUCAAGAACAAGAGUGACAGCAUGAAGGUCAACACGAGCGUUCCUCUUACCUCAAGGACGUGCUUCGUGCUGACGUUGUCCCUCUAACUCGACUGAGUUGCUGGUUUACUGGUGGCUCCUUUAGCUAGAUGAAAAAUAAAGAAGACGUGACUAAUACCA